AUGGCUAACGUCGAUUGCUACGUUAGGAAAGAAGGCGAUACACCUUGGAAUGAUGCAAGAAUAACCAAUUCUAUCCAGUUAGCACUUGAGAAACUUCAGGUCCCGAGAACGGGUCACGUCCUGGUGCCCGGUUGUGGAAAGGGCGAUGAUGUCAUAUACUUUGCAACCGAGGGUUUCAAAACUCUUGGGAUAGACAUAUCGCACACUGCAAUCGAGAAGGGAAAACGGGAAGUGGAGUCCCGGAGUUUAAAUCCGUCGAAGGUCGCGCUUGCCGUGGAUAACUUCUUUGAUUUAGAGUCCCCCGAAGGUGGCUACGACAUAAUAUAUGACUUCACAUUUUUCUGCGCCCUCCCUCCAAGCACAAGACCAAUGUGGGGGAGUGCAGUGAACCGCCUCAUCCAACCAACUGGCGGAUUAUUGAUUGCCACGGUUUGGCCAAUCGAUCGCGCACGUCCGACAGGACCUCCAUACUCUGUGUCCGUUGAUGACUACAGUAAAUCACUCGGAUCAGGCUGGAAAAUUGUUCUGAAUGAAGAUCCGCCAAACCUGGACAAUAUCCAUGCUGGUAGAACCAGGGUGGUAGUGUGGAAGAGUGAGAGAUGAUGACGUUCGCCUUUAUUCUUUCGUUACACAAAUGCGGCCUUGUUUUGGUGCGCUGCGUCCAUGUCUCCUGCCAUAGAUACCCUCCUGGAAAGGAGGUGGAUCAUGUUGUACAUCAGAUGUGCCCAUUCUUAUGCUAGGUCCAUCGAUUGUGAUUCAUUCUCGGAACU